AUGGCACCAACAUCUUCAACACCACUCAAAAUCAUAUCCUUCUCAAUAUUACUUCUCAUAACCAUCAACAACAUAGCUAAUGGUCAACAAAAUCAAUCAACCUUGGUGUUCUUCCUACAAGAUGUCGGAAAAGGAGUUGGCGCAACCGUUCAACCAGUUAUCGGCAUCAAUGGAAAGGUUUGGUCCUACAACUCAUUUGGAACAAUAUUUGUAGUCGAUGACCCUAUUAUGUUAAACCCUAAUCCAGGUUCAACUCAAAUCGGAAGGGCUCAAGGUAUGAUUACAGUAACAUCUCUUGAUGGUUCAAAUGUGAGCAUAGUUUUGUCACUUGUGUUCAACAAUGGGCAAUAUAGUGGUAGCACUUUGGAGAUUCAAGGUGCUAGUCGACAACGCGAAAAUUCAAGAGAGCUUUCUGUUGUUUCCGGAACAGGAAGGUUUCGAUAUGCAAGAGGAUUUGUUGUGUUUGAAACUGUAUCUUAUGAUGAUUCAACUAAUCAUUCUGUUCUUCGUUUGACUGUAACUUUGGCUAUACCAUCUUGA